AUGCAGCAAGUCGGACAAAUUCUCAACCUCAAACCAGCCAGCGGGGACGACGAGCUCGCCAACGUCCCAUCAUGUCCGAUUCCGACGGAGCUCCAGAGUGUCAUGAAAAAGGUUGACGCCGCCCGCUCUGACAGUCCGAUGAACGAAGCAACCAGUCGUUGGACGCUCGACCUUCUACUCAUAUAUGCGCAUGACAUCGUGACAUGUGGCCAGCCCGACGCCGGCCAAGCGAUUGCCAUUCAGACAGAGCGCCACUGGGUGCUUCCUGUUAAGUUUGAGAAGCGGGACAUGAACCUAGUCGGAAAACCAGACUAUGCAGUCUGGUACGGCAAUCCCAACGACACCGCAGUGAACGUUGUCGUUGUGGAGGCAAAGGGGGAGGGUAAUGCUGGUAAGGGAAUGUCCCAAUGCCUUGCCUAUAUGGGCAUGGUGCACCGACUUCGACGACAAGAAAAGAAACAAAACUGUACCGUGUACGGUAUGGCGGCGGACUCGCAAUGUUUUUUUUUCCUUAAGAUCAACGAAAGAUCAAAGUGGUCUGCUUUUUCGGUUAUCGUCGCCGACGGCAAGUAUGCCAAAGUUCUUGGCCUGCUUGUCUACCUUCUGCGGAAGGCAAGGGAGGCAUCUCCCACCCAUUCAAAGGAGUCCUCCGCCCAAACUCAUACGAAGGGGUCAUCCCGAGGCUCACUCUAUGCAAGUGAAGAUUGCAUAAUGGGCAAUAUGUGA